AAGUAUUUUAUGUUCAUUGGUUUUCGAGGAAAGCAAUAAACGGUAAAGACUAAAGAGAGAUUCCAUAACUAGUGGUUGUUCACUUGUUCCAUCAAAUUCACGCUAUCUUUGAGACUCUGCAAAUUUAGAGCAGUAAAAAGGUCCCUGAGCAAAGUUGUCUUCUUCUUGCUUUUUCUUCAUUCUCUGGUCCCUUUUUUCCUGCUGAAAAUGAAAAAGAAACUAAAGCUGCCUCUUGGGUUUUGCUUCUUCUGCUUGUGCAUCCCAUUGGUCACAGCUUCUGACAGUUUGCUCUCCCCCAAAGGUGUCAACUUUGAAGUGGCUGCAUUGAUGUCAGUGAAGAAGGAGAUGCAGGAUGAGUUGCUUGUGAUGGGUGGGUGGGAUAUCAACUCAGUUGAUCCUUGCACUUGGAACAUGGUGGGUUGUUCUGCUGAGGGAUAUGUAAUCUCCGUUGCAAUGGCCAGCUCGGGUUUAUCCGGAAUGCUUUCGCCGAGUAUUGGGAAUUUGAGUCAUCUUCGGACAUUGUUGUUACAAAACAAUCAGUUGUCUGGUCCUAUCCCAACUAAUAUAGGGAGGCUUUCGCUGCUUGAAACUCUGGACCUUUCGGGUAACCAGUUUUCUGGAAACAUUCCGAGUUCUUUGGGGUUUCUGACUCAUCUAAGUUACUUGAGGCUUAAUAGAAAUAAUUUGAGUGGUCAAAUUCCUAGCCUUGUUGCUGAUCUCACAGAUCUUUCAUUCUUGGAUUUAUCAUUUAAUAAUCUUAGUGGGCCCACGCCAAAAAUACUGGCGAAGGGUUACAGUGUGACAGGGAACAGCUUUCUUUGCAAUCCUUUGUCAGCAGACUCGACACGAAUCUGCGUGGAUGUGUCAAAACCAGUAAACGACACAGGUUCACCACCGAAAGUCAGUGACCACCAUCGAUGGGUACUUUCUGUUGCUCUAGGCAUUAGUUGUACAUUUGUUAUUUCAGUGAUGCUGCUUGUUUGUUGGGUGCAUUGGUACAGAUCUCGUCUUCUAUUUACAUCUUAUGUGCAGCAAGAUUAUGAAUUAGAUAUAAGUCAUUUAAAGAGGUUCUCCUAUCGUGAAUUACAACUUGCAACGAGCAAUUUUAGUUCUAAAAACAUCCUAGGACAAGGCGGAUAUGGAGUCGUUUAUAAAGGAUGUCUUCCUAAUAGGACACUGGUGGCAGUUAAGAGACUUAGAGAUCCCAAUUUCACUGGAGAAGUUCAGUUCCAAACUGAAGUUGAAAUGAUAGGCUUGGCUUUGCAUCGGAACCUUUUACGUUUAUUUGGAUUUUGUAUGACAACAAACGAGAGGUUGCUUGUUUAUCCUUAUAUGCCAAAUGGGAGUGUUGCUGACCGGUUAAGAGACACUUGUCGAGAUAGACCAUCAUUGGAUUGGAACAGAAGACUGUGUAUUGCCCUUGGGGCUGCCCGUGGACUUGUAUACUUGCACGAACAGUGUAAUCCAAAAAUUAUUCACAGGGAUGUCAAAGCUGCAAACAUUUUGCUUGACGAAAGUUUUGAAGCUGUAGUUGGGGAUUUUGGUCUUGCUAAACUGUUAGAUCAGAGGGAAUCACACGUCACUACCGCAGUGCGGGGCACUGUAGGACACAUAGCACCGGAGUAUCUCUCCACAGGACAGUCUUCUGAGAAGACAGAUGUUUUUGGAUUUGGGAUACUGCUUUUGGAGCUCAUAACAGGGCAAAAGGCAUUAGAUGCUGGAAAUGGUCAAGUUCAGAAGGGAAUGAUUCUUGAUUGGGUUCGAACCUUACAUGAGGAGAAGAGGCUGGAAGUGCUAGCAGACCGGGAUCUAAAAGGAUGUUUUGAUGCAACCGAGCUUGAAACAUGCGCAGAGUUGGCUCUGCAGUGUACUCAGUCAAGCCCCAACCUCCGGCCAAAGAUGUCAGAUGUCCUAAAGAUCUUGGAAGGCCUUAUUGAGCAAUCAGUACAAACAGAAGAUCCACAAGGUGGCACCAACCCUUCUGAGGCCAGGACUUGCAGUUUCUCCAGGGAUUACAGCGAUGUUCGGCAAGACUCUUCAUUCAUCAUCGAAGCCAUUGAGCUUUCUGGACCUCGGUAACAACAGUCUCAAAUCCACCAUCAAGGUGCAACUGUAUAUGAGUUUUGCAUUGUACUAGAGUAGUAUUUACUAAUACCGUAGUCCAUAGAAACAAGGCCAACUCUUCAGAUGGUAACUCAGACUUUUCCUAAACAAACAAAGUGAGCACAUCACCAUAAAAAGGUUAGCUGUCAUGGCUAGGGUCCUACCCUCCUACCAAUGAUUGAGAGCCUUGGAAUAUAGCCCACUGAGUUGUACCACAUGCCAUUGCCAGCACUUGCUUUCCUUGUCAAGCCCAAAGUACUUAAUACGAUUCAGGGUACGUGAUGUGUACAUAUACUUAUCUGGUGGGUAGAGUGCAUCUGGGCCACCCUUCAUGAUUCAUGUGCAGAAUUCUCAUGGUUUAGGUCAACAUAUACCUGGUAUCCCAUUAUCUUCUACAUUACUUCAUUCUAUGAGUUUUAUGGGUCUGAGUUGUUGAGAGAAUAGCCAGUUUGUGGCACAGACAAAUUUGACUCCAGUAAUCUUUGCAAUAAUUGCUGUUGUUGUGUAUCUUAAUCAGAUAGAUCUCUUUAAGGGAAAAUUGUACUAUCACAUAAUGGCCGCUAAUUCAUCCCAUUCAUUGUGUCCACACUUUUUGCCUCUA